AUGGACGCCUAUGAUUCAUACAUUGGAAAGCCGGUCACAGAGCUACCGACUCCGGCUCUAGUUCUGAGCAAACCGACCAUUGAGCGAAACAUCAAGCAGCUUCUUCAGGAUGUUGAGAGGCUGGGGAUUGCGUUUCGGCCGCACGUUAAGACGCUCAAGUCUCUUGAAGUAACAAGGAUGAUGCUCGGCAAUGGCCAGCACCGACGCAUCGUCGCCUCAACUCUCCCCGAGAUCGAGGGUGCCAUUCCCCUGGCAAAAGAGGGAGUUCUUGACGAGUGCCUCUACAGCAUGCCGAUCUACCCAACCGUCCUCCCGCGCCUCCUCAAAUUCUCGAAAUCUCUCAAAAUUCUCCUCAUGAUCGAUAAUGAGCAGCAUAUCGACGUACUGGAGAAGUUUAGUGGUUCCACAGCACCAUGGCCAGUCUUUAUUAAGAUUGAUGUGGGAACCCGCAGAGCUGGAAUUCUCAACUCCUCGUCUGCUCUCCCAAAUCUCGUGAAGCGCGUUGAGGAAUCCUCUGCCGUAGAGCUUUAUGGGUUCUACUGCCAUGCAGGGCAUUCCUAUGCUUGUCGGACUGAGGAAAGCGCGGUUGCCGUGCUGAAGGACGAGGUUGAGGGGGUGGUUAGUGCGUCGAAGCUCCUGGGAACUGGGCGGAAAGUUGUUGUGUCGGUUGGCUCCACCCCGACGGCGCAUGUGGUUAGAGAGCUUCGAGAGGUUCUGCCUGAGGGGCUGGAGCUAGAGUUACAUGCUGGUAUGUCUGCACCUGCCCAAUUCUUACGUCUUGAAACCAGUACUGAGAGCAGCAAAGGAAACUACCCCUGCAACGACCUCCAACAAGUCUCAACCGGCCUUGUCCCUCACACUGCGCAAUCCGUCCGUGUCCUAGCAGAAGUUUGCAGCGUCUAUCCCGAGCGCAAUGAAGCUCUGAUCAAUGCAGGCACAAUCGCACUCACAAAAGAGACGAGCGAGUUCCCCGGUUAUGGCCGAGUCACUGAGCGCCCGCAGUGGGCUGUUUUGCGAACGAGCCAGGAACACGGCAUCCUAGGACUUUCGCCGGCGCCGGCUUUGUCGUUGUUGGGAGUGAAUGAGGUUAAGGAUGAGAAGGCUGUGGAUUCCUUCAAGGUGGGCGAUAAGGUGCUUCUUUAUUGCCAGCAUGCAUGCAUUACAGCAGCGGCGUAUCCAACUUAUUAUGUUGUUGAUGAGCAAGAUGUUGUUCGGGAGGCUUGGGUGCCAUGGAAGGGGUGGUAG